AAAGAUUAUACCCCUCGCCUUCUCCCAAUUCAGCCGCUGCAGUUAAAGUUCUGAGGCCCAUCUCUGCACUCUGCUGCCCUUUUGGUCAGCAUUUGGAAGGGACCAGUUCUAGAGACCCCUCCCCGUCUCUGAGGAAGACCCUCGGUGUCCCGCUAAGUUCUCCUUUGGACAUUAAAAGAAGCCAAACAUAAUGGUCCAUGGUGAAGGUGGGGUCAGAUUCCAAAACUGGGCUAAGACCUAUGGAUCCUCUCCAGAAAUGUAUUUCCAGCCAACUACAGUGGAUGAGAUCAAAGAGAUCUUGGAUCUGGCCAGGCAGAAAAGUAAGAAGGUGAAAGUGGUUGGCGGUGGACAUUCCCCUUCGGACAUUGCCUGCACAGAUGACUUCAUGAUCCAGAUGGGAAGGAUGAACAAGGUCCUGAAGGUGGACGAAGAGAAGAAGCAAGUGACUGCAGAAGCUGGAAUCCUCCUUUCUGAUCUGAACGUGGAGUUGAGCAAACAUGGCUUGGCUUUGCCCAUUCUAGGGGCUGUUUCGGAUGUGACGGCCGCCGGGGUCAUCGGCACUGGGACACACAACACAGGCAUCAGGCAUGGCAUUUGGGCUACUCAGGUGGCAGCCUUGACACUGUUGACAGCUUCUGGGGAAGUCCUGGAGUGCUCAGAAUCUGUGAAUCCUGAACUCCACCGAGCGGCCUGCGUCCACCUGGGCUGCUUGGGCAUCAUCCUGACCAUCACCUUCCGGUGCGUGCCAGAGUUCUACUUGCAAGAGACCACCUUUCCAUCCACACUCAAAGAGGUCCUGGACAACCUAGACAGUCACUUGAAGAAAUCUGAAUAUUUCCGUUUCCUGUGGUUUCCUCACAGUGAAAAUGUGAGCGUCAUCUACCAAGAUCACACCAAUAAGCCUCCCUCUUCCUCAGCUAACUGGUUUUGGGAUUAUGCCAUUGGAUAUUACCUGCUGGAGUUCCUGCUUUGGAUCAGCACGUUCCUGCCCUGCCUGGUUGCCUGGAUCAACCGCUUCUUCUUCUGGCUCCUCUUCACCAGCAAAGUGGAAAACGUUAAUUUGAGCUACAAGAUCUUCAACUACGAGUGCCGUUUCAAGCAGCAUGUGCAAGACUGGGCCAUCCCCAUUGAGAAAACAAAGGAGGCUCUUCUGGAGCUGAAGGGGAUACUGGAAAGCAACCCCAAAGUGGUCGCCCACUACCCAGUGGAAGUGCGCUUCUCCCGGGGGGAUGACAUUCUUCUCAGUCCCUGUUUCCAGAGGGACAGCUGCUACAUGAACAUCAUCAUGUACAGGCCCUAUGGGAAAGACGUCCCACGCCUCGACUACUGGCUUGCCUACGAGGGCAUCAUGAAGAAGGUUGGAGGGAGACCACACUGGGCAAAGGCCCACACAUGCACUCGGAAGGACUUUGAGAAGAUGUAUCCUGCCUUUCAGAAGUUCUGCUCCAUCAGGGAGAAACUGGAUCCCAGAGGAAUGUUCCUGAAUGCCUACCUGGAGAAGGUCUUCUAUUGAGGGAUGGAACUGAGAAGUUGGUGGUGGAAGCAGAGAAACCCCUCACUAGGGGGUCUCCAGUGGUUUUUGCUGUAAUGGAUGGGGCAGUGCUCCUUUGCAGAGAUCUGUUGCUAAAUAAAGCUACCACCAGACACAUU